UAGCACAUGUAGCGACAGAAGUGUGUGAUAGGCUACUGUUUUUCCAUUUCUGCGUAGGUUUGUUGUAUACCCAGUGUAUAAAUAUAUACUCAUGCCCAGCCGUCCAUAGAGGUGAAGCUACCUGCUCUCGCUCAAGCAUUUGCCAAGUCGCUUCAAGCUUUGGUGUCGCAUCCGGACUGGCUGGCCACAAUACGCCGUCGACGUCAAGAUGAAGUCCCAAUUGACUCCGGCCCUGCUCGUCCUGCUUGCAAGCCAUGCACAAGCAGCUGCAGCCAUCUCUGCGGCCUCAUAUGCCGGUCACACCUCCACCGACGAAUAUCCAGCUUCGGGAACACAUGUAGAUUCUCAACUCUUCCCGCCUGAGUCCAUUGUUGGCUACCCGGGCCCGACUCCGACAGGUGCAGAGCCAAAUGCGGCGCAGACUGCUCCCUCUUACCCAUAUAACGAAGGCGAUGCCCAUCAAUUCCCAUUGAUCGCUCCUCAGCCUCACGGCAAGACUGCUGCUCAGGACAGCUUCGAUAUCACAAAGUACUGGGGCAACCUUUCGCCAUGGUACAGCCUGCGCUCUGCCGACUAUGGUCUGCCCGAUGCGAGCCCGCUUGCUCCGGAGGGUUGUGAUAUCACCCAGGUGCAUCUCCUCUAUCGCCACGGCGCACGAUACCCAACUAGUGGUGCCGGUCCCAGUACUUUCUCACAGAGAAUCGUGAAUGCAACCAAGACAGGUCUUACGGCUUCUGGGGAGUUGGCUUUCUUGGCCGAUUGGACCUACAAACUCGGAGCUGAGCUGCUGACGCCGUUCGGUCGCAGUCAGAACUUUAUGCUGGGUGUUACAUACAGGGAGCUCUAUGGUCAUCUCCUGAACAACUUCACUGCACAGGGUGCACUCCCAGUGUUUCGCACCCAGAGCCAGGAUCGCAUGGUGAAGACGGCAGAAAAUUUCGCUGCUGGCUUCUUUGGCGUCCCUGAGUACCUCGACGAGGUCAGCAUUGAGAUUCUGGUCGAGACCCCAGGCCUCAACAAUUCAGGAGCGCCGUAUGAGAUCUGCACCAAUUCCAAUGUAGCUGGUCGAGGAAGCAUUGGCAACACUGUGGCGAACCAAUUCGCUGCUAAUGCCUUCAACGCGACCAUCGCGCGCCUCCAAUCUCAGGUCUCCGGCAUCAACUUCACGUCUUCAGAUAUCAUCAAUAUGCUUUCUCUUUGUGCAUACGAAACUCAUGCGCUGGGCUACUCGGCCUUUUGCAAGCUGUUCAGCCAACAGGACUUCUUGAAUUACGAGUACUACUACGAUUUGUCCUUUUACUACAACAACGGACCAGGUUCUCCUGUCUCUGCAGCUCAGGGCAAAGGUUAUCUCGAUGAAUACAUCGGUCGCUUUACGCAAACAUAUCCCAGGCCAAUGUCCGCUCUCAACGAGACUUUUGACAAUUCUUCAACGUACUUUCCUCUCAAUCAAUCCAUCUAUGCCGACGCCACCCACGAAGUCGUCGUUCUUGACACCCUAACCGCUUUCAAUCUGACGGCGUUGUUCGAUGGUCCUCCUCUUAGCCCUGCAGGUAAUCGCCAGCAAAACACCUUUGGCGCAAGUAAGCUGGUGCCGUUCGCUACCCACUUCACGGCGCAGGUCCUUUCGUGCCCGGCAUACCAGCCGACGAAGCAAAUAAGGUUUAUUGUCAAUGAUGCCGUGAUUCCAAUAAAUGCCUCCUACCCUGGCUGCCCCGCAGAUGCGCAUGGGAUGUGCUCAUUUGAUAACGUGGUUUCGGUCCUACAGAAGCGUUCAGCUGAGAUCGACUUCAACUAUGACUGCUUCGCAAACUACACUGCGUCGCCCGGGAUCAACUACAAUGGUCGUGCCCCUCGAAUGCAAUAGAAUUGCUUCUUGGAUAUCAGACCUGUGGAUUUUAUGUGUCGCACCAGAGUGUACAAAAUGCAUAGUAUUAUGUGGUCAUAUAUAGCGAGACUUUAAUGCCAAUCAAGAUCCAAGAAUGCACCAUAUGCC